UGCUCAGCGCACCGGGAACCAGAGAAGUGGGGACCAUUAGGAGCGUCAGGGCGCAGCAGACACAGCAGCUGCUGCGGGCUCGGACUGUUCGCAGAAGGACUGAACUGCGCCUUUAACUCCCGGGACUCUGAGUGAUUAAGCGCAGGGCUGCAGCCUCCUGCCGGGGCGGAUUACUGCCCGCUGUGGCCUCACAUAAUCCGCACUUUGGGAUUUUCUUCGAUGUUCCCGGAGCAGAGCAGCAGGUAGUUCCUGCCCCGACCUCCCCGCGCACCUUAUUUCUCUAUUCAAACCCCGGGGGAGGGGAGGGGGGGGUCAGAGACCCGGUGUACCCGCUUAAUCCCGCACCUGCUGACCGCAGCAGCACCAUGAUCAGCUCCGAGGGCCUGAGGCCGGCCUCUAACGGCAGGAAGCCGCUGGGCAAGCUCGCCACCCGCCUGGAGGAGGUGAAGAACCCGUGGCGGCAGGGCUCCACGCUGGAGCUCAGCCACAACGAGGCGGCCCGGCUGGCCACGGACGCACUGCUGGAGCACGGGGAGAAGGAGUACCGCAAGGUGCUGACCGAGGAGCGGGAGGUGAACUUCCUCUCCCCGCUGGAGAUCCACUACAUCACGCAGCACGCGGCCAGCAAGACGUGCGGCGGCUCCGACAGCAACGGCGUAGGGCCCGGGGACCGGGACUUCGGGGACGGGGACGCCGUGUCCGAGCUAACUUCUGGAACUUACUUCCCCAUGAUGUCCGACGAGGAGCCGCCGAUGCUGGAGCUCGGCUGGCCGGACACACCGACGAGAUACGGACCGUCGGAGACUCAGAUCUUCUUCCAGAGAGACAAAAGCCACAACAUCAAAGACCUCAUCAGGUCCCUGAUCAACAAGGCCAAGAAGACUGAAAGCUGCAGCUGGAGAGUUCAUCCUGGUGACCUUUGA